AAGCCGUCACCAGCCGCCGGGACCGAACCAGUUCCUGCUUCCGCAAACAGAGCGCUGUUCCUCAGUUUAUCGGCUCAUCAAUGCAGCGACUGCCUUUCGCUUCCUGGCUGUGCUCUACACCCCUCUCUACCCCGACAUUUAUGAGUGCUUGAUCCGCGACAUGACGGCCAACAGCCGCUGUUCUGUCUCGGAGCCCCCGGGGCUGGAGACCCAGCGGCGGGAGAUCGAGUGUCUGCUUCGGGAGAGUGAGCUCCAGGCUGGGGACAGCUGGUAUGUGGUGGACCGGCGCUGGUUCGAGCAGUGGAAGGAGUUUGUGGAGAGCGGAGACCAGAACUCGUCGUCCUUCCCGGGUCAGAUCGACAACACCGAGCUGUUUGAGGACCUGGACUCGUACCACCUGAAGGAGCGCCUGGUGGAGAACGAGGACUUCAUGCUGGUUCCGGCCGCGGCCUGGCACAAGCUGCUGCAGUGGUACGGGAUGGUAGACGGCCAGCCGGCGCUGGAGCGCAAGGUGGUGGACCUGCCCAGCACCCUGAAGGUGGAGGUUUACCCCGUGGAGAUCUUCCUGUGUCUCCAUAGCAACAUGGAGAACGUGACCAGCGCCCAGUUCAGCCGCACCGACAGCAUCUACGCCAUCCAGACGGCCAUGUGUCAGGCCUUCUCCGUACCUCCGGGCUCUGAGUGCCGGCUCUGGAUGAAAAGCUCCGACAGCAGCUGUGAGCGCCUCAGAAACGUCCAGGUCAGCGUGCUGGACGCCUGCUUGAGCUCCGGGAUGACGGUCAUCAUGGAGACGAGGAACGCUGACGGUACCUGGCCCAGCUCCAGACCUCAGAUCAUGAGAAACUCUGCAGAGGAGCAGGACUCGUACCGAGGACAGCCGGGGGUCUGUGGCCUCACCAACCUGGGCAACACCUGCUUCAUGAACUCCGCCCUGCAGUGUCUGAGCAACACCCCCCCCUUGACGGAGUACUUCCUGCGGAGCUCCUACCUGGACGAGCUGAACUUCACCAACCCUCUGGGGAUGAAGGGCGAGAUCGCCGAGGCCUACGCUGAUGUCAUCAAGCAGAUGUGGUCCGGCCGCCAUUACUCUGUGGUGCCGCGCGUCUUCAAGACCAAGGUGGGCCACUUUGCGUCUCAGUUCCUGGGCUACCAGCAGCACGACAGCCAGGAGCUGCUGUCCUUCCUGCUGGACGGGCUCCAUGAGGAUCUGAACCGGGUCAAGAACAAGGAGUACAUCGAGCUGCGUGACGCCGACGGCCGGCCGGACCGGGAAGUGGCGGAGGAGGCAUGGCGGAACCACCGGCGGCGCAACGACUCGGUAAUCGUCGACACGUUCCACGGCCUCUUCAAGUCCACACUGGUCUGCCCCGAGUGCCUCAAGGUGUCUGUGACCUUCGACCCCUUUUGCUACCUGAGCGUCCCGCUUCCUGUCAGUAAGGAGCGCGUCAUGGAGGUCUUCUUCGUCUCCCUGGACCCCCACGCCAAACCGGUGCAGCACCGGGUCGUCGUCCCCAAAGCAGGAAGAGUAUCGGACCUCUGCGCCGCUCUGUCCGACAUGACCAGCGUCCCGCCCACUCAGAUGGUCGUCGCUGACGUCUUUAAUCAUCGUUUCUAUAAAAUCUACAACCCUGAGGAAUUCCUCAGCUGCAUUCUGGACCGAGACGACAUCUUUGUGUAUGAGCUGAGUCAGCAGGACGAGGACUCGGUGCUGCUGGCGCUCUAUCUGAGGGAGCGCUCCCACUACAGGGACUACGGCUCCAGCAGCAACUCGUACGGAACCACGCUGUUCGGACACCCGCUGCUGCUCAACGUGCCGCGCGGCAGCUGCAGCCAGGAGGCGCUCUACGGCCUGUUCCUGCAGCGGCUGGCGCGCUACGUUCGACCUCCUGACCCCGCCGAGGAGCUGGAGGAGGAGGAAGAAGAGGAGGAAGAUGAAGAGGAGGAGCUAUAUAAGACUCAAACCAACGGCAUCAGUGAUGAUGAGCAGAAUGCCUCGGAGACGGCCGGACCCUCAGAACCAGAACCGUGCUGCAGCAACGCAUCUCCAAACGGCCCAACAGAUGGCCCCGCCCCAGAUCCCGCCCCCUCUGCUCCCGUCGCCACAGCAGGUGACCCCCCUCCGGAGGUCAACCACGGGCUGGCCUCUCUGGACCAGGGAGACACCGAGGUCGGGAACGGCUCCAUGAACCCGGCUGCCGGCAACCCCGACGGCCUGAGCGCCGGCGGCGACCUGGGAGCCGACGGCGAAGCAGAUGGGAACGCCGAGCUGCCAGGAGAGGCAGCGCAGCCUCUUCCAGAAACCACCGAAGAAGAAAACGAGGAGGACAAGCAGGAGGAAGCCCGUUCCCCCAGUCCUCCAGCCAAUGACUGUCCAGCAAAGAGGCGGGCGUGUCGCAAGAGGAGGCGGAGCCUGUUCACCAUCCAGGCCGUCAACUCCAACGGGACGACCGAGAGAGGGAUGGGAGAGGGAGGGAGCGCUGUGUCCUUCAGCUCUCAGCCGUACGUGGCCAUCGACUGGGACCCCGACAUGAAGAAGAGGUUCUACAACGAAAACGAAGCCGAGCGCUACGUGAAGCACGGCAGCAUGGAGGUGCCGCAGCAGCAGACCACCGUCCAGCUGCAGCAGUGCAUCGAGCUCUUCACCACCGUGGAAACGCUGGAGGAGGAGAAUCCAUGGUACUGCCCGGUGUGUAAGAAGCACCAGUUGGCCACCAAGAAGCUGGACCUGUGGUCGCUGCCAGAGGUUCUGAUCAUCCACCUCAAGCGGUUCUCCUACACCAAGUUCACCAGAGAGAAACUGGACACCAUCGUGAAUUUCCCCCUCAGAGACCUGGACUUCUCGGACUUCCUGCUGAGGAAAGGCGUUUCGCCAGAGGAGCCGCCGAGCCGCUACGACCUCAUCGCCGUGUCCAAUCACUAUGGAGGACUCCGAGACGGACACUACACCAGCUACGCCCAGAACAAGGACAACGGUCAGUGGUACUACUUUGAUGACAGCAAGGUGACGUACGCUUCCCAGGACCAGAUUGUGACUAAUGCUGCCUACGUCUUGUUCUACCACCGACAAGAUAAGAUCAGGAAGCCCACUCUGCCCGCCCCCUCCAUAAGCUCCGCCUCCACCUCGCCACCUGCCAACGACAUCACAGAGACGGGCGCCGCCCCUUCCUGUGGCUCCAUGGAAACGGACUGAACGUCCUGCUUUUCUUUCUUUGACUCUGGACACUCAGGUUGAUUCUGCUUGAUUUGGACCCAAACCCGUCUGGACCCGCGGGUUCAGACGGAGGAAACGGCCCGAAGCCUUUAAGACGCUCUGAAAGCGAGUUUAUUUCUGUUUAAUAAAACACCAACAUUCCACUGAACGCCUGUUUUUACUGCGAGCUGGAAGGGUUCAGUCCGUUUUCUCCUCUGGAAUAAAACAUUUAAUGAUUUUCUGUAAAUUUCACUUGAUUUUAGGAAGAAGUCGUCCGGUUCUGGCGAGCAGAACCCGGGCUGAUUAUUUCUAACGACGCUGUCAGGGAUUUUAAACAUCUGUUUGUAUAUUUAGCUUUUCUCCAGAUAUUUAUUUGUAUGAAUUCUCUAGAUGAUUGGCUGGUGACUGGAUUUAUUUUCAUAUUUAUAGAUGAGCUUUAUAAAGUGGUAUUAAUCCGGUGGACGGGUGUACAGUAUUUUUGUAAGUAAUGUGAGAUGAACGGUAUCAGUGGUGGGUGGAUCAGCCGGGAACGCUGGGCCCAUUUCUUUCUUUGUCUUCCUGUCAAAUAUCAGAGGAAAUUAUUUUAUUGUACUUCUAAUCUUUUGAUAUGAAUUAAAGGAUUAUCACCACCA